AAAUAGAACGUACUUUACGUCAAUUUACAUACAUACAGUGGAAAUAAACAUUGUUUAAACUAUUUGGGAUUUUCCCUGCGAGUUUGGUUUACUCAUAUAUUGAUUAAAUAAUGAUCAUUUUAACAAUUUAACUGUGUGUAAAGAUCGAUAUAUAGAUUAUAGGAUACUUUUUUAAAUAUCGGGACGUCUUGUAUUUUGACAUUGGCAUACACAGAUCGGAUUUCAUGGCGCAAAUACGGUCAUUAACGUCAACUGUAGCGGUAUUUGGUGUCCUGCUGAUAUGUCACGUGGCUGGGCUUGGUGACGACAUAUUGCAUGGUGACGUAUACGUGCAGUACCUUGGCGCCCUCUACAAAGACAGCACGUGCACGACGGUGGAACCGGAAACAGUUCAGAACCUGCAGGCGAUCAAGUGGACCCUGGAUAGGCUCAACAAGUUGAACUUCAUCAGCGGUGUCAGAAUAGGUCUGCGGGUGAAGGCCUCAUGCAACUCAGUCGAGGCGGCCCGGCAGCAGGCGCUGCGCCUUAUUGUCGAGUUAGGGGCCUCAAAUACUUCUGACGUCAUAGGUGUAAUCGGAUCGGAGUACAGCUCGGAGGCGGAAGUGAUCUCGCGGCUGCUAAGCCCACUUCCGGAUCGCUUCCGGUUGUUACAGGUGGGCUUCUCAACGACGGCCGCGAAGCUCAGGGACCGCAGUAUAUACCAGAACUUCUUUAGAACCAUUCCACCGGAUGAUCUUCAAGUUAAGGUGAUGAAGGAAUUCCUAGUCAGUAUGAACUGGACAUUUCUUGCGAUAAUCCACGACGACAACUCGUAUGGCUCCGGGGGCGUCCAGACACUCCUUCAAGAGGCGAAGGGCAUUGACGUCUGCUUCCCGGAAGUGAUUCCCGUGGGUACCGAUUACAACGAGACGGUUGUGGAGAAUCUUCUUCGAGAGCGAGUGUACAGAAUAGGGCGGUCACCGCUACCUCCUGUCACUGGUAUAAUCGUAUUCGGUACUUUCUACCUCACUUCCGCUGUGCUGAAGGCCGCAGAUAACAUUUCUCGCCAGGACGGUGACGCCGCUAACAUUCGGCCCGUUUUCCUGUUGUCGGAGGCGGCUGGUUAUCUUGAAGGCGACACAGAUCCCAUAACUAAAGGCGCCUUUGUUCUAAGUCCGCCUCGCCGAAAUAUGUCUGAAUUCGAAACAGAAUGGAAACUUAACCUAACAGACAGUAACAGAUUAAGAAUCGAAGCAGAAAACAAUUUAUAUUUUAAGAAAAUGUAUGAACAAAUAAGAAAUUGUCAGUUUUCGGAAAAUAAUACGUCAUCAAGCGCCUACUGUAGAGCUAUGACUGACGCGGAGUUUCGCGAUCAAAUCCCCAAUACAGUUUACAACCAGUACGGGAUACAGGCCGCCAUGGUGGUGGCGAAAGCGGUUGGCUUGGUGAGUGGCAAGGUAUGUCCCAAGGCCGCCUCCUGCCCGCAGCUGACAAACACAAGUCUUGCACCAAGGGCGGAAUUCAUCUCUGUUCUUGAAAACCAACCCAUUGAUUUUGACGCGGAUUUUGGAUCGUUCCGGCUGAACGCGUUUAUGAACCAAAACCUUGGCAUUGUAUUUAAUGGGUCGGCGGAUCCGGUCUUCUUCCCGGCGGGACAGAGCCCGGAGUACGAAGUGUACAGCCACCAAGAUUGUCCAGGACCUAGUUCCCCGUGUCUGCGAAAGGUAGCGGAAUACAGAUUAGGUCAACUUAAAACCUCGGGUUUCAAUCCCAUUAAAUGUUACGACCUAGCUGGCACAGAGACCGACUGUUCCGUCAAUCGGCCGCAGGUGCCGGAUGGCCUCCGCUCAGGCACGUGCCUUGAACGACAGGAACUGGAUACCAUUCUCUUUGAGAAAGGUGACAUGUACAUAGUAGGAAUCGCACCCGUUCAUAACGUGGGUAGCUCGCCCCUGGAGUGUGGUGUUAUCAAAAAAGGUGGCAUUGAUAUUGUUGAAGCCAUUCGGUUUGCGGUGAGUGAGAAACAUACUUUAUUUUCGGGUAAAGUCGGAGUUAUUAUAGUGGACAGUUGUAACGAUCCGCAGAUCAUACAAGAGAAGGUCCUCUCCAUUCAGAGACUGGGCGUGUAUCACGAUGGUGUCUAUGAGCAGGUCCAGGGUAAGAUUCUUGGCUACAUAGGCGGCUGGUCGAGCGACGUAAGCACGGCUGUCGCACACAUCACAAGCCGCCUCGGUCAGGUUCAGAUCAGCUUCGGAUCGACAGCCUACGCCUUGAGCCGGCGGAACGAGUUUCCGUACUUUCUACGGAUUCCAAGCCCGGACAAUGACCAGGCACGGACGAUGCUGGAAAUUGUUAAGGAACUCCACACAAACCGGACACAAGUUCAGAUUCUCUACAGCAAGAGUGCGUAUGGUGAAGGUGGUUUGAGCUUGAUCAAGGAGAUGGUUGACAGUUUCCAGUAUGACAUCUGUAUAGUAAAUCAGAUACCAUUCUCGGCGGAAAUCAGCCCUCAACGCGUCGUCGACAGCCUACGAGAGAACGCAGGCGCCAAGCUUGUUCUAACGUUCUUGGGGUCGUUCGACGUGGAUAUCAUUAUCGACACUCUUAACCAAUUGGGCAAAAACGAAUUCCUCUUCAUAAGCUCGGAAGGAUGGGGGCUAAGGCAGGAGAUGGAGCGCUACCCGAACCUCAAAGGCUCUAUUGCGAUCGCCUCACGCCUGUGGGUGACGGACUCGUUCGAGAACCACAUAGCUGCCCUGGUGCCCGAGGGUAGCUCCAUCAAUCCCUGGGUCCGCCCCUACAUGGAGUCGCAGUUUGACUGUUAUUACCAGUGGAGUUUUGACAAGUCGUCCAAUAGGACAUGCACAGGUCUUGAGCGGCUAACCAGCACUGUGUACGACAUCGAUUCGUGGGCACCGUUCGCUGAGCGUGCUGUGCAGGUGCUCAUGGACGCCGGAAAGAAAUUCCUGCUGUCCACGUGCGGAGACUCGAGCACAAUCUGCCCAGCGUUUCACAACUCGACGGACAAGUUUCUGACAGUCUUAAAGAAUGAGCGUGCUAAGAAAGAGGCCCAGGACGCUAAGUUAUAUCCCGUAUUUGACGACAACGGUGACGGCACUAUUGGAUACCGGAUAUACGUCUUCGAUAGCACCGGGGACCCAAUAAAGAUCGGGUCGAGCGGAGAUGAGACGAGCUUCAACCUGCAAGUGGACACAUUCAACGUGCACCGCCCAAGUGACUCUUACAUCUCCUCGUGCGGAAAUUCACCCGCUUGCAGCAAAUGCUUCCCCGCCCCUAUUUCGUCUGAUUCAACCGGAAGUUCGGCGGUUUCUGGGGGUAUUAUCGCCGUGAUCGUGGUCCUUGGGGUGCUGUGUUGCGGGCUGACGGCCAUUCUCCUCUAUAUCUGUAACCGAUAUGGAUGCUGCCUCCGCAUCCAAAACGGAAAGCCACAGUUUACGGGCACGUACCUGACGCCAGUGUACGCGUCCCAGGGACGAUCGCCAACGGCGGACGGCAGCGAGUUUUCGGCGCAACCACAGAGAGCACUUUCGCACGUGCCACAAGAGCAGGGCUACGAUAGUAUAAGCAACUACGAUAUCAGAUCUGGGGAUGGCCGCUUCGCCAGUAACCAAACCAUGGCGUCCAGGAAUACUUCCGGUCAGGCGGACAGCGCGGGAGGGGUGGUGAACCUUGUAUUUGACGGUGAAAGUGCCGGUAUGCCCAGGAACCCUUCCUCGGACACGACGCUGAGCAUCUCUAACGGAGGCUUCGGGACCUCAGACGGUGGUAUUGUCACAACGAGCCCACAGUCUCACAGGUUUAUCAAACCUAAGCCUUCACAACAAAACCAGAAUCAGCAGCUACAACAGCAACAGCAGCAGCAGCAACAACAGCAGCAGGAGCAGAAUCCAAAACCGGAAGAUAGGCAGAGUGUAAUCUUUCAGGAUGACGGGGGCUAUAUCACGGCACCGCAAGAAUCAUCACAGACUAUGCAGAAUGGACAAACCGGAAGUGGUGAACCGGAAGUGUUGGGCGAAGAAAAGCCGCUUGGAUGCAGAGUUAGUGACUCUAGCUUAGGUUACCUAAGAAGUCCUAAGUCCGCGCAUGACAUUAUUUAAAAACUGACAGUUGAGAGCUUCCAGGAGCAAGAAUGCUGCAAAUUGUUGUUGAAAUUGAUCAUUCUGUAUACCAUGACAGAAUACUCCCCUCAUGAUUUACGAGUAUACAUUUGUUUGUUUAGAUGAGUGUGGUUAUAAAGAAGUAUUUAAAGCGCUUUUUAUACGUCCGUUGUGGGCGUACUGUAUUAUAGUGUUGCAUUUGGCAUAAUGGAGAACGGUCGAUCGGGCAGCAUUCAGUACAUUUUCCGAUCGAUAACUUUAGAAUGCUUUGUCCAUCAUCACCAAAUUUGGUCAGGAUGUGUAUGUGCAUUAUAUCUCGAACAAGUGCAAAAAACAGUUAUAUGGCUUUAGUCAAUCGAGAGUUAUUGCACUUUAAUUUUAGAAAUAACCUUAGAUUGGCCUUUUCCGAUCCAUAACUUUAAAAACCUUUGACCAAUCAUCACCAGAAUGUGUAUGGGCAUAACAUAUUGGACAUGUUUGAUUUACCCAAUCUUAUUUCGUGAGUUACUCGAAAGAUACCGCCCAUUAACUAUAGAAGUUACCUUAAAAUAUGUCAUGUCCGAUCAAUAACUUUAAAAGCCUUUGUCCUAUCAUUAACGAAUUUGGUCAGAAUGUGUAGGAGCAGAAUAUCUCGGUCAGGUUCGAUCACCAGCCUCCAUCACUCCAGAGUUAUGACCCCCUGAAUUGGCAAAAACUGUCUUUACAGUAUACGAUAUUUAAAUGUGGCUUAACGUUCAACCAUUGAUCAUCAAACUUGUUGUCCUGAAAGGCCUAGUUUAAGGAAUCUUUGGCAUGGCAACCCCUGCUGUACAUAUCCUGUUAAUUGCACUGGUGUCACAGUAGGGACCUUUUUCCUGUGUAUUUGCUUAUUGGCUCAGGGCCAUGUAGGGUCCAUUUCUUGUAUAAAACCUCGAAAACUGCACAGCAGGUUACUCAGAUCAGAGAUCUGAUACGACAGUUAUGCGAUUAGAAAAAGAUCAAGAUCAAUACACAGAAAUUGUGUACUAUAUACAAUGUUUUUUUUUUUUUUUUUUUUUUUUUUUUUUUUUUUUUUUUGGGGGGGGGGGGUCACUUUUAGAAGGAUUAGACUAGGCCUUUUAAAGAGAACGAGCGUAUUUUGAGAGAGUAGUAGCUAUAGUUAUAGGUUUGGUUGCUUGACGAAUGCUUACGCAUGCAUUUAUGAGUAUAUAUUCACCUUAAAACGUGAGAUUAGUUCUUUGCCAUACUUUAAGUGAUAUCUUAAGGCAUUGUUUACAUAUGUGCAAUAACAUUUCGUGUAUGAUUAUGUACAUAGUUAACUAUCAAUUGUGUAAUUAUGAUAGAAAAUAUUUAAUGCAGAUGUUUUUAUAAUUUGUUUAAUAAAUACUGUAUUGUAUACAUUAUAUUCGGCUUUAUUAUCAUGAAUGUAUGGUUUAUAAACAUAGUAAAUCUCUGUUUCUAACCAUGAAUUAAUUGUUUUAUAUAAAUGGGCAAUGUCUGUUUCUUAUCACGAAUGUAUGGUUUAUAAGAAUGGGUAAUGUCUGUUUCUUAUCAUGAAUGUAUGGUUUAUAAGAAUGGGUAAUGUCUGUUUCUUAUCACGAAUGUAUGGUUUAUAAGAAUGGGUAAUGUCUGUUUCUUAUCACGAAUGUAUGGUUUAUAAGAAUGGGUAAUGUCUGUUUCUUAUCACGAAUGUAUGGUUUAUAAGAAUGGGUAAUGUCUGUUUCUUAUCAUGAAUGGAUGGUUUAUAAGAAUGGGUAAUGUCUGUUUCUUAUCAUGAAUGUAUUGUUAAUAAGUGCAGAUAAUCUAUGUUCUUCACGAUGACUAAUAAAGUUUAAAAGAG